AUGACCUCCAAGGACCACACCAGCACCUUUUCCAUCUUCACCUCGACCAGCUACUCGCCCUCGAGGUUCCGAGACGCCCGCUUCUCGCUCCUGCACCGCCAUCUCGCCCGCCUCAAAACCGCCCACGCCCGCAUCGCCGCCGACCUGCCCAGCUCGUGGUGCGCCACCGUUACUAUGCCGACCGACGCACAGCUCGAAGAGGAGCUCGACCGGGCUGUCGACGAGGCGAGGCGAGCGGGGCUCGAGGGAGACUUGCGGGUACGACUGUCGGUCCUCCCGAGCGGCGAGCCCAAAGCAGAAGCGUUCCCGCUCUCGCCCAUGCCAGAUUACCAGGUCCGAGUCGUCCUCGACGACCGACCGACGGCAUACGGCGACGACCCGUUCCUGCGGUGCAAGACGUCGCGGCGCGAGGUGUACGAUUCGGCUCGAGCGCGCUGCGGCGCGACCCUCACUCCCUCCCCCGACCCGACCGCUCCCCCCUUCGACGUCCUCCUCUCGAACCCCUGGGGCGAGCUCACCGAGUCGUCCAUCUCGAACGUCGCCUUCCGCCUCGCGCCCUCGGCGCCGUUCAUCACGCCCACAGCAGAGUGCGGCCUCCUCGAGGGCGUCAUGCGCGCCGAGCUGCUCGAGCGGGGCGAGGUGUGCGAGGGGCGCGUCUCGGUCGACGAGGUCAAAACGGCGGCCAGGGCGGGCACGCUCGAGAUCCUGUGCUUCAACGGCGUGCGCGGCGUGUUCAGAGCGUACCUCUCGCCGGACUCUUUGCCAUAG